AUGGAGAACAGGACAGAAGUGACACAGUUCGUCCUGCUGGGACUGACCAGUGACCCAGGUGUACAGCUUCCCCUCUUUGUUACAUUUUUGCUCAUCUACACCAUCACUCUGGUUGGGAACCUGGGGAUAAUCAUGUUGAUUGUCUUGGACUCCCGUCUCCACACUCCCAUGUACAAUUUCCUUGGCAACCUGUCUCUAGUAGACAUUUGCUACUCUUCAUCUGUCAUUCCCACAGUCAUGGGAGGACUCCUUCCAGGAGAUGAAGUCAUCUCCUACAACACUUGUGCUGCUCAGAUGUUCUUUUUAACAGGUUUUGUUACUGUGGAAAAUUUCCUGUUGUCCUCAAUGGCCUAUGAUCGCUAUGCAGCAGUGUGCAAGCCCCUGCACUACACCACCACCAUGACAAGCAGGGUGUGUGUGUGUCUGGUAGUAGGCUGCUAUGUCUGUGGAUUUUUGAGUGCCUCCAUCUAUGUUGGGAACACAUUCAGUCUCUCCUUCUGCAAGUCCAAUGUGGUCCAUCAUUUCUUCUGUGAUAUUCCAGCAGUCAUGGCUCUCUCUUGUUCUGUUAGACCAGUGAAUGAUCUGGUUCCUCUUUUUGUAGCCAGUUUUGUUAUCUAUUUUGCUCUCAUCAUUAUCUUCAUAUCCUACAUACUCAUUUUUAUCACCAUUCUAAAGAUGCGCUCAGGUGCAGGACACAGGAAGGCUCUGUCCACCUGUGCCUCCCACUUCACUGCUGUCUCCAUUUUCUAUGGGACUACCAUCUUCAUGUACUUACAGCCCAUCUCCAGUCACUCCAUGGACACUGAUAAAAUUGCAUCUGUGUUCUACUCUAUGUUUAUCCCCAUGCUAAACCCUGUGGUCUACAGCCUGAGGAACAAGGAGGUUAAGAGUGCAUUCUCAAAGAUUGUUUUAGAAGCAAAAUAA